AUGAAUGCUCAAGACUUUGAGUCUCUUCCACCGGCUUUCUUCUCGAAUGUCGAGCGUAUGCGCUUUCGGUUAGCUCAGAGCGAUCCCUGCUCCACGCCAAACCAUCCUGUCAAUGCCACCAGUUCCCCCCCGGGCUCGGCCCAUCCGUCCAAGGCGGAGCCCCUCGACUGUGACCUCGACUCGUCUUUCCCCUUCUUCGAAGAGAAACUACGCAAGCCCGGCUCCUUGCAAUUGGCUGCCCUCGUCACUCAAGUGGACUCGCAAUGCUUUCAUUCUCUCCCCGCUAAACUCCAACAAAAGCUUUUCUCCCCCGAGGAACGCCGUCGCCUGUGUCGCGCAUAUCGGCAAAGCCUUAUUUGUGACGCCGCUGACGAGGCUUUUUAUCGAGGCAAUCGUUCCUCCCACUCCAACUCUCAUUCUCACUUUCAACCUCGUCGCCGCUCGUCUUCUGGUGACAGCCUCCCCUCAGAAUCCACGCUGCCCGUGGCUCAGCCUUCUACGGUCUUCUACGAUUCUGACUCGGACGACUCCGAGUGGGAUUCUUGUUCCACCAUGGACCAAUCCAUCUAUGACAGCUUCCGCUGGUUGGAUGAAGAUGGUGAUCUCGAUCUCUCGCUGGACGAGUACCACUCGCAUGUCGCCAAUGCCGCAACAGGCAAAGGCAGACUGCCUCGGCUUCCCUCCUUUCGACGCUCGCUCUCCUUCUCCACACACAACACAUUGAAACAUCGACCCUCCCCGUCCAUGCCAACCCGAUCUUUCCCAACUAGCCAUACCAUCCAACCUUUAUCACCACUCCCACCACUCUCCCCCAUCUCCCCAAUCACCCCGCGCUCCAAUCGCCGCUCAACAUCCCGGCCUCCAUCUAGGCGUCUACAAAGCAGCCACGCCGCCAAGUCGUCCACUUCCAGCAUCGACCCAUCAGCCCAGUACUACCACGACCCAGAUGCCCGGCUCAAACUCCGCGUCUACCUCGCCUCACCGCAGAAAUUCGACGAGGCAAUCGAAUUCGGAUUCCCCUCUUUAGACCAAAUCCACCAGCAAAACAAGGAGAAUAUCUCCCCAGAACCAAUAUCCCCCCGACCAUCCCGCACCUGCGCAGGAACAUUCUUCGAAGACGACGACGGCAACGUCGUCGGUAGCCCGGGAGACUCAAUCGAAGAACCCCCACUUAUCUCCGCCUCAGCCCCGGGAUCUGGCCACGGCUACGCACCUACAUCUACAUCAGCGGGGUCUACAUCAGCCUCAGCACCAGCCGCAACAAGCUCACCCCAACAAAAUUUCCCCCGCCUCUCAAUGCGAGAUACACCCCGUCCUUCCGUCGAUGCGCACGCACACGCACACGCACACGCGCAAGCACCCACCCCAUCCCUCCUCCAACGCCGCCAAUCCAUUCUCCCCAAAUCAUCUAAGACCCCGCACCGCCUCCCGGGUAAUCGCGAGAUGACUCUGAAAAUGACCCUCACCCGCCCGGACCUGCGUGAAGAAUCUCCGACCCCGUCCGCGACACCGGAUGACCCCCUGCGCCUGGCAGAACUCCCGCCCGCGGAUCGUACGCAGCAGAUUUGGGAUGAUCUGGAUGAGGAGCAGGGUGUUGUUAGGAAGAUGUGGAGGAAAUUACGGCGGAGAGGAUGA